UUUUUAUUUUUACCUAAUAAUAAAUAAUGGCGAAAAACAACGGCCGGAGCAAAGCGGCAUCUUUUUUCUCCGACGGGUUUUUUUUCGUCGGCGGAGGGCUGGUUGCUUUCUUGUUGGUAUGGGCAUUAUGGUCUUUCUUCGCUCUCAGCCCUAGCCCCACCCCCACCCCAACUCCUAGUUUCUCCACCUCUUCAUUUUCCGCCGCCGUGCCCGAGAGCUGCGACGGCGGCGGCGGCGGCGUCUCCGGUCCUAACCUCCGUUACGACCCGCCGGAGAAGAAUUUCUACGACGACCCAAAACUCAGCUACACAAUCGACACGCCGCCGGUCAAAAACUGGGACGAGAAGAGAAGGGAGUGGCUGAAGCAGCACCCUUCCUUCGCCGCCGGAGCAGACCGCCGGAUUCUCCUCGUCACCGGUUCUCAGCCGACGCCAUGCAAGAACCCCAUCGGAGACUACCUCCUCCUGAAGCUGUUCAAGAACAAGGUCGACUACUGCCGCCGCCACGGCAUCGACAUCUUCUACAACAACGUCCUCCUCCACCCCAAAAUGUUCUCCUUCUGGGCCAAAACUCCGACGGUGAAGGCGGCGAUGCUUGCCCACCCGGAGGCGGAGUGGAUCUGGUGGGUCGACUCCGACGCCGCCUUCACCGACAUGGAUUUCGAGCUCCCCCUCGACAAAUACAACCACCACAACAUGAUCAUCCACGGCUGGCCCCACCUAAUCUACGAGAAGCAAAGCUGGACAAGCAUAAACGCCGGCGUUUUCCUGAUCCGAAAUUCGCAGUGGGCCAUGGACUUCAUGGACACGUGGGCCCGAAUGGGCCCGCAGUCACCCGAGUACGAUAAAUGGGGCGAGAUCCAAAAGUCAACUUUCAAGGACAAAAUAUUCCCGGAAUCCGACGACCAGUCGGGAUUAGUUUAUCUGCUGCUGAAGGAUAAGGAUAAAUGGGGUGAUAAGAUUUAUCUGGAGAGCGGUUACUACUUCGAGGGGUACUGGAUGGAAAUUGUCGGGAAUUUCGAGAACAUAACCGAGCGGUACAAACAGGUGGAGGCGGCGGAGGGGAGGCUGAGGCGGAGGCACGCGGAGAAGGUGAGCGAGGGGUAUGUUCCGGUGUGGGAGGAGCACCUUAAGGAGGCUGGGUACGGGAGGGGGAGCUGGAGGAGGCCGUUCAUCACGCAUUUCACGGGGUGCCAGCCGUGCAGUGGGGACCACAACCAGAUGUACUCCGGCCAGACAUGCUUCGACGCCAUGCAGAAGGCUUUGAUCUUCGCGGAUAAUCAGGUGCUUAGGAGUUAUGGGUACGUGCACCCGGAUCUACUGGAUCCCUCCACUGUGCUUCCUCUGCCCUUUGAUUAUCCUGCUUCGUAAUUGGGAAAAAAAAAAGUGUGUAAUUAUAUAUAAUGGAUGCUGAGUAUUAAAAAUAUGUAAGUAUAUAUGUAAUGUGUUUUUUUUUUUUUUUUU